AUGCGAGUAAUUUUAGUUUUGCUAAUUUUUAAAACUUUCAUUGUGGAAAGUUACGACAUAAAAGACUUUAUUCCUGUGGAAAAUAUGAAGCAAAAAUAUAGUUCUAUUCUCAAUCUAUUGAGUGUCUUAACUAAUCCAAAUAUAACCCGACACAAUUUUCAUGAAAUGAUUGGUAAAGAUCAACAAAAGUUCUUGCUGGAUCAAUUUGCAACAAGAAAUGACUUGACCAGGAUAUUAAAAGUAAUCUUCAAACUCAUCACAUUCAAGAAAAUCACAAAGUUUUUCAUCAUUAUUGGAUUUUUGUUCUUUUUGCCAGUCAUGAAUUCUCAUGAGAGAAAUUCGGAAACAAUUUUGACUGAAAGAGAUGAUUUGGAUCUUUAUUCAUUUAUAAACAAAACUGAUUAUCGUUCCAUUGAGCGCUACAACUUCUUUAUACAUUCCACGGAAGCAUUUACAAGUCCUUUGAUGGUGUGGUGCGUAGCAGAACAUGAUGCCUAUUGUCGCUUUCAAGGAAUGUUUGAUGUCAUUGAUCAACUUUAUCCAUAUGAUAAAUUAAUUGAACGUUUUCUGCCAAACUCUACUCAAUUUAAUUUGCAAUUUAUGAUCGAUAAAAUUUCCCCGACAAUCAGGAAUACUUUAUUGAGAAAAAGUUUCUAUGAAAACGACGAUGAUGAUGAUGAUGAUGAAGGAUCUGGAGAUAGAAAUGAUUCAGAUGAUGAGGAAGAGGAAUAA